CUAAAUACAUCCAUUAUGAAAAGUUCCAUUACUCAGAUAGAAAGGAGAUUCGAUAUAUCCUCUUCUGUUGUUGGCUUAGUUGAUGGAAGCUUUGAAAUUGGAAAUUUGUUGGUGAUUGUAUUUGUAAGUUACUUUGGAUCCAAGCUACACAGACCAAAGUUAAUUGGAAUUGGUUGCACCAUUAUGGGAGCUGGAAGUAUUUUGACUGCUUUACCACACUUCUUCAUGGGAUAUUAUAGGUAUUCUAAAGAAAACAAUAUUGAUCAAUCAGCAAACUCAACAUCAAGCUUGUCAACCUGUUUAAUUGAUCAAACUUUAUUACUCAAUAGAACAUCACCUGAAAUAGUGGGAAAAGGUUGUGCAAAAGAAACUGGGUCAUACAUGUGGAUGUAUGUAUUAAUGGGGAAUAUGCUUCGUGGAAUUGGGGAAGCCCCAGUAGGACCCUUGGGGAUUUCUUACCUUGAUGAUUUUGCUAAAGAAGGACAUUCUUCUUUUUAUGUAGGUAUUUUACAUGCAAUAGCUAUGAUUGGUCCAAUCAUUGGCUUUACCCUGACAUCUCUGUUUGCUAAACUAUAUGUGGAUUUUGGAUAUGUAGAUUUAAGUAGUAUCCUAAUAACUCCUAAGGAUUCUCGUUGGGUUGGUGCUUGGUGGCUUGGUUUCCUUGUUGCUGGGGUAGUUUCCGUUAUUUCUUCCAUACCAUUCUUUUUCCUUCCCAAAAAUCUGGAUAAACCACAGAAAGAGAGGAAAGUUUCAGUACCUUCACAUGCCCCCGAAACAAACAAAGAAGUGAAGUUAGCAGCCAAAUUAACCAACUAUGAACAAAAUGUUACUGGAAAUAUGACUGGCCUUUUCCAGUCCUUGAAAAGCAUCCUUACAAACCCCCUAUAUGUUAUAUACUUGUUUUCGACAUUGUUAUCCGCCAGCAGUUUUAUUGGUGCUUUUACUUAUAUCUUCAAAUACAUAGAACAACAGUUUGGUCAGUCAAUAGCUGAUGCAAACUUUUGGAUGGGAAUCAUCACCAUACCUACUCUUUCAUUUGGAUUUUUUACAGGAGGAUAUGUAGUUAAAAAAUUUAAACUUAGCUUGCUUGGAAUUGCAAAAUUAUCCUUUUUUGCCUUAACUUUGAGUUUUGUGCUUCAACUAUUUAAUUUACUCCUACUCUGUGAAACCAAAUCAGUUGCUGGCCUAACCUUGACCUAUGAUGGAAAAAAACCAGUGGCAUCGCAUAUAAAUGUACCACUUUCUUAUUGCAACUCAGAUUGCAAUUGUGAUAAAAGCCAAUGGGAGCCAGUCUGUGGAGAAAAUGGAAUAACUUAUGAGUCACCUUGUCUAGCAGGAUGCAAAUCUUCAGGUAGUGAUAAAAAGCCUAAAGUGUUUUAUAACUGUAGUUGUGUGGACACAUCUGGUUUCCAGAACAGAAAUAACUCUGCCCAUUUGGGUGAAUGCCCAAGAGGUGAUCACUGUAAAAGGAAGUUUUACAUUUAUAUAGCACUGCAGGUCUUGAGUGCUCUUGCCUCUGCACUGGGAGCCACACCUGGUUUCAUGCUUAUUUUUAAAAAUGUUCAACCAGAACUGAAAUCACUUGCAGUGGGUUUCCAUGCACUGACUAUACGAUCACUAGGAGGAAUUCUAGCUCCUGUAUAUUUUGGGGCUGUUAUUGACAGAACAUGUUUGAAGUGGUCCAUCAACAGUUGUGGGAAGCAAGGAUCUUGUAGGAUGUAUAAUUCCGUGUUAUAUGGAACCUACUACUUCAGUGUAAUUUUUAGUUUAAAAGGUUCAUCACUUAUUUUAUUUAUUAUAUUCAUUUACGCCAUGAAAAAAAAAUAUCAAGGAAAAGAUGCCGAGACAUCCGAAAAAGUAAAACAAGUUGUGAAUGAAGCAAACUUAGAACCCUUAAAAAAUAAUGGACAUUUUGUAUCUUCUGCUGGAGAAGAUGGUGAAACAUAUAUUUGAGGGAAGAAAAAACGCUGCUCUGUUUACAUCCACCAUUGUAUUGAA